AUGAGAGAUAGAAGUUGUAGUAAAAGAUAUCCAAAACAAUUCAACAAUACUACAGUACUAAGUGAUGAAGGAUAUCCUGUGUACAGGAGAAGGGAUACGGGGGCUACUGUGGACAAAAACAAUGUGUCGAUUGAUAAUCGUUUUGUUGUUCCUUAUAACCCUACGUUACUUUUGAAAUAUCAGGCACACAUAAAUGUAGAGUGGUGCAAUCAGUCUCGGGCAAUCAAAUAUUUAUUCAAGUACAUUAAUAAGGGUAAUGAUAGAGUAACAGCAGGAUUAGUUAGGAAACGAAAUGAGAAUGCCGAUGAUAAUACUAUCGACGAGAUCAAAGAAUAUUAUGAUUGUCGUUAUGUUUCGGCUUGUGAGGCUAUUUGGAGAAUUUUUGCCUUCGAGAUUCACUAUAGGCUUCCUUCUGUUGAGAGACUGAAUUUUCACCUACCAGGAGAACAAACUGUUGUGUUCAAUGAAAAUGAAACUAUUGAAAAUGUCUUGAAUAAACCUUUGGUUGAUAAGUCAAUGUUUUUGGCUUGGAUGGAAUGUAAUUCUAGAUUUGAAGAAGCUAGAGAACUUCGGUAUUUUGAAUUUCCGGGAAAAUUUGUUUGGAAGAGAAAAGAGCGUGAGUGGACCAUUCGUAAGAGAGGUUUUUCUAUCGGUAGACUUUAUCAUGUAUCUCCAGGAUGUGGGGAACGAUAUUACUUACGCACACUUCUGAACUAUGUUAAGGGCCCAACAAGUUUUGAAGAUAUUCGUACCAUAAAUGGUGUUCUCUACCCUACAUUUAAAGAUGCUUGCUAUGCAAUGGGUUUGUUAGAUGAUAAUAAAGAAUAUAUUGAUGGUAUAUUAGAGGCAAGUUUUUGGGGAUCUGCACACUACUUAAGAAAACUAUUUGCCAUUUUGCUUAUGUCUAAUAGUAUAUCUAGACCUGAAUUUGUAUGGAACAGUACAUGGCAUGUGCUUUCAGAAGAUGUACUAUAUAGGCAACGCAUGAUAAUUCGAUUUCCCGAUUUGAAGCUUAGUGAUGAACAAUUGAAAUGCUAUGCAUUAGUUGAUAUUGAGAAGAUUCUGCAGAAUAAUGGUUGUUCACUACGCAAUUAUAGCAAUGAGCUACUUCCAGAUGAAUUAAUAAUUCAGGAUAGUUUUAAUAGACUCAUAGCUGAUGAGUUAAGUUAUGAUAGAGAAGCACUACGCAUAGAGCAUGAGCAGUUAUUUCAAUGUUUGACUGCUGAACAACGGAUCAUAUAUGAUGAUAUUAUGCAGGCUAUGAAUGAUAAUAAAGGUGGUGUUUUUUUCCUUUAUGGGCAUGGCGGAACUGGUAAAACAUUUAUGUGGAGAACUUUGUGUGCAGCUAUUCGAUCGAAAGGGGAUAUUGUCCUUCCUGUUGCUUCAAGUGGUAUUGCUUCUCUAUUACUGCCAGGAGGAAGAACUGCACAUUCAAGAUUUGGAAUUCCUUUGAUUGCCACUCCUGAUUCUAUGUGUAGAGGUAUUACUCCGGGUAGCGAUUUAACCUCUUUGCUAAAUAAGACUAAGCUCAUCAUUUGGGACAAAGCCCCUAUGACGAACAAAUAUUGUUUUGAAGCUUUAGACAGGAGUAUGCGAGACGCUUUACGAGAUUCAAAUGGUAUUGCUUCGGACUCUCCAUUUGCUGGUAAGGUAGUUGUUUUUGGAGGUGAUUUUAGGCAGGUAUUACCAGUUAUUCCAAAAGGAACACGACAAGAUAUAGUUUUUGCAUCAUUAAACUCUUCUUACAUUUGGCAUUCGUGUAAGGUUUUAAGGCUUACAAAGAAUAUGAGGUUGCAAACUCAGUCUGUUGAUGAUAAUGAUUUAAAGGAUUUCGCUGAUUGGAUUUUAAAGAUUGGUGAUGGCAUACUAGGAGAACCUAAUGAUGGAGAAGCCAUUAUUGAUAUUCCUGAUCAAUUUCUCAUUAAGGAUGUUGUAGAUCCUAUUGGUGCCAUAGUUGAAAGUACAUAUCCAUCCAUACAGGAGAACUUAAGUGACACAAACUUUUUUCAAGAAAGGGCCAUACUUUGUCCUACAAAUGAUAUUGUUGGGAAAGUGAAUGAAUAUGUUCUUUCAUUAUUACCUGGGGACGAAAAGGUUUACUUAAGUUCUGAUUCUAUAAGUAAAGCAGAUGGAUGUUUUGAGUCUAAUGCCGAUGCUUUUUCUGUAGAGUACUUAAACAGUAUUAAGUGCUCUGGCCUUCCGAAUCAUGAGCUGAAAUUGAAGGUUGGUGCUCCUGUUAUGAUGCUUAGAAACAUUGAUCAAUCAGCUGGAUUGUGUAAUGGCACACGAUUGGUAGUCAACCAGCUUGGAGAUCACAUUGUCGAGGCAACUAUUCUUACGGGAUGCAAUAAAGGAGAAAAGGUUUUCAUACCAAGAAUAACAUUGACUCCAACAGAUACCACACAGCUCCCAAUUAGACUUCAAAGAAGACAAUUUCCUUUGAUGCUUUGUUUUGCGAUGACUAUUAAUAAAAGUCAAGGACAAUCAUUGAGUCAUGUUGGAUUGUUUUUGCCUAAACCUGUAUUCAGUCAUGGACAACUUUAUGUUGCCGUAUCAAGAGUGAGAAGUAAGAAAGGACUUAAAAUUCUUAUUGUUGACAAAGAUAAUCAAACAACUACGUCGUCGUCGUCUACUGACAAUGUGGUAUAUAAAGAAGUAUUUCAAAACUUAUGA